AACACCACCGCAUGUCUCUGCUGCAGACUGAAAAGCCAAACCGCCGCUCGCUUCCAAACUUUUACGCAGCAAAACAGAAACAAAGCUUCUUUUUUUUUCUCUUUUUUUUCUUUUUUUUUUUUGCCUUCUUUCUUUUUACGCACCAUGCGCAGAAGCACGCACGACCCGAGAGCGCACCUCAGGGGAGAAGAUGGAUUGUAAGAAAAAGUUCGACUCGACUUCUGCUCCGCACUGAGAGUCGCUGAGGUUUGAAAGAGGAGGAGGAGGUGGAGGAGGAGGAGGAGGUAAUGCCGUGCAAAAACUUUUUUUAGCGUUUGAGUGUCUCCAAAACUUUUUUUUUUUUUUUUUCAUGGAGUUUCGCGUCAAGUCCGGAGAGGCUUGUUUACGCGCGGUGCCAGUUCACUCCUAGUUUUACGGGAAUCAGACUCCAGGCAAAGUUUUUACCUCGGACAAGAAGAGAAAGAGAGAGAGACAGAGAGAGGGAGAGAGAGAGUGGAAGAGCCUCCGCUUCCAAGUGGAAAAGACUCGCAGAGAAGGUCGUGACAGGAACCGGAGAGCAACAUGGAGACUUCAGCUCCAACAGCCACAGAGAAGAAGGAGUGUAAGAGUUCAGGUCUGGACGGAAGCAGCUUCUCAGAAAUCCCGAAGAAGCCGUCGCCCACCACGCUGACCAGAGGCGCCCACCACCUCUUCCCCACGUUUCACACACCCAUCCCCAUCGACAUGAGACACCACGAGGGCCGGUACCAUUAUGAGCCGCACCCGCUCCACGCCAUGCAUGGACCUCCAGGACUGACGGGCAGUCCAGUCAUCUCAGAUAUUUCCCUCAUCCGUCUAUCACCCCACGCGCCGCCCGGGUCGGGUGAAUCACCGUUCAGCCCUCCACAUCCCUACGUCAGCCCCCACAUGGAGCACUAUCUGCGCUCGGUGCACAGCAGCCCCACGCUCUCCAUGAUCUCAGCGGCCCGAGGACUGAGCCCUGCUGAGGUGACCCACGAGCACCUGAAGGACCGCGCCCUGUUCAGCCUCCCCCCUCCACCUCCAGGGGCCAACCCCACCGAGUACUACCACCUGAUGGCCAGCGCCAGCCAGCGGAGCCCCUACGGUGACCUGCUGAUGCAGAGCAGCGCGGCGGCGGCGGCUGCAGCAGCGGCGGCGGCAGCGGCCCAUCUACCAGAUUACAUCAGUCCCGUGGACGUGUCGCGGUUCUCCAGCCCUCGGCUGACUCCCCGUCUGAGCAGGAAGAGGGCGCUGUCCAUCUCCCCGCUGUCAGACGCCAGCAUCGACCUGCAGACGAUGAUCCGCACCUCGCCCAACUCUCUGGUGGCGUACAUCAACAACUCGCGCUCCAGCUCGGCCGCCAGCAGCUCGUACGGACACCUUUCAGUCGGAGGGAUCAGCCCCUCGUUCAGCUUCCCUCCUCACAUCAACCCCGUGGCGUACCAGCAGCUGUUGUCCCAGCAGCGAGGUCUCAACGCCUUCGGCCACACGCCGCCCCUCAUUCAACCGUCGCCGUCCUCCUUCGCUGCCCGCCAACACCCCCUCACCGCUUCAGCCAUGUCCGCCUCCCACAACAGCUCCAACUCUGAGGCCAACCAGAACGCCAGUGGAGACCCAGCAGUGAGCAGCACAGUCAACCCGUUGAACACCAAGAGGUCAAAGGUGAAGACGGAGGCAGAGGGUCCGCUGCCCAUCUCACCGUCCUCGCAGGACCACGGUGGAGGGAUCUUGGACCUGAGUGAGGAUCUGGAUAAAGAUGAGUGCAAACAGGAGCCCGAGGCCAUUUAUGAGACCAACUGCCACUGGGAGGGCUGCGCCAAGGAGUACGACACCCAGGACCAGCUCGUCCAUCACAUCAACAACGACCACAUCCACGGUGAGAAGAAGGAGUUCGUGUGUCGCUGGGAGGAGUGUUCGCGGGAGCAGAAGCCCUUCAAGGCUCAGUACAUGCUGGUGGUCCACAUGAGGCGCCACACCGGGGAGAAGCCGCACAAGUGCACAUUUGAGGGCUGCGCAAAAGCUUACUCCCGCCUGGAGAACCUCAAGACCCACCUCAGGUCUCACACCGGGGAGAAGCCGUACGUGUGUGAGCAUGAAGGCUGCAACAAGGCCUUCUCCAACGCCUCGGACCGGGCCAAGCACCAGAACCGCACACACUCUAAUGAGAAACCAUACGUAUGUAAGAUCCCGGGUUGUACCAAGCGCUACACGGACCCCAGCUCGCUCAGGAAGCAUGUCAAGACGGUUCACGGCCCCGAAGCCCACGUCACCAAGAAACAGCGAAGCGACGCACCGCCGAGACUGCAGCCGCCCAAAGGCAACGGGGAGAACGAGGCAAAUUCCAAGUUCAGUGCGAGAGGCGUGGAUGGCAAGAUCGAGGCCAACAGCACCUCUAGAGGAGUGGAGGACUGUCUGCAAGUCAAAUCUAUCAAGACUGAGAACUCCAUGACGUAUCAGUCCAGUCCUGGCGGCCACUCGUCAUGUAGCAGCGAGCCGUCGCCUCUCAGCAGCGCCAACAACAACGACAGUGGGGUAGAGAUGGCCAUGCACAGCGGGGGCAGCUUCGGGGACCUCAGUGCACAGGAUGAGUGCCCCAUGGUUGACUCAACUGUUCCCGCUGGGGGGCAGCAGGCUGGGAUGGGGCUUCAGUUGAGGAAAGCCGUGGGCCAUGUUGGCGCGGUCACCAUCAAGCUGGAGAACAUCAAGAAGGAGAGGUUGAAGACAGUGAGGGACUCCUGCCCCUGGGUCAACUCUGCACCACAGCCACUGCAGGGCCAACGCAUCAGCAUGAAGCUGCCUCCCAUACCUGCAGUCGGUUCCCUUCUGGAGAGCUCCAACGUGAUGAGUAACCCCAGUUCGUACCCUGGCCAACGCAUGGGUGACCUGUCCUCAUGUGAAGUGACGCUGCUGAACCAGCUGAACGAGCGCCGUGACAGCACCACAAGCACCCUCAGCUCAGCUUACACAAUGAGUCGGCGGUCCUCCGGUAUUUCACCCUGCUAUUCCAGCCGACGCUCCAGUGAGGCAUCCCAGUUUGGCACUAACCGGCACAACAACAUCAGUUCUGCUGACUCCUAUGACCCGAUUUCCACUGAUCUGUCUCGCCGGUCCAGUGAAGCCAGCCAUUGUGGCGGUGGUGGCGGCGUCAGUGGAGGAGGUCUCCCAAGUCUCCUAAGUCUGACACCAGCGCAGCAUUAUCGGCUCAAGGCAAAGUACGCCGCUGCCAUUGGUGGAGCUCCACCGACUCCUCUCCCCAAUAUGGAUCGAAUGAGCCUGAGGACCCGCAUGGCACUCUACAGUGAUUCCCAGGAAGGCUCAUCGCACCCAUUCCACCAGCCGCCUUCUGGGGCUGUGCCUCGGCGAUGCAGUGAUAUUGGAUAUGGCACGCAGAGCAUGAUGCCCCAUGAGGUACCCAACAGCCUCCCUCGCCGUGCCAGUGACCCAGUGCGACGCCCAACACUGGACCCACUUUCCUUUCCAAGGGUUCAGCGCUAUAACAGUAUGAACAGCAUGAACCCCAUGAAUGGUCCAUCAGCUGAACGGCACCAGGCGCUGGCUAUGCAGGGAUACACCCGCUCUGAUGGCAGCUUGCAGCGCUAUCCAUUCGCCCCCAGACCGCCAAGCAUUUCUGAGAAUGUAGCAAUGGAGAACAUGGCAGUAGAUGGGAUGAUGAUUGGGGGGGAGCAGACCGGCGAGGAUGAUUUGGUGCUUCCAGAUGAUAUGGUACAGUACCUCAGGUCCCAAAAUUCUGGUCCUGCAGGCCACAACUCGGGUCAGGUGGACUACCAUUCCAGCAAUCAGACUCAGGGCUACCAGACAGGCAUGGCCCCACCAGCAUCAUUUUAUGCUCAGAGGAGGAUGGCGAUGGUGGAUGCCACAAUGACUCAGUCAGGUCAGGACAUGCAAUCAUGCCAGCUGGGUCUUGGUGGCUCCCAGCAGCCCUUCUCAGCACCGUCGGAAAACAUGAACAAGAACAACAUGCCAGUGCAGUGGAACGAGGUGAGCUCUGGGACUGUGGACACCACAACCAAGCUCUCCAAACAGCAGCAUCCUCUUAGGGGGAACCUAGCUAUUGUUCAGCAGAGACACAAUUUUGGUUCCUUCCAGGGACACGGUCAGGGCCUGGGCAGUAACCAGCAGGUCGUGCCUAUGAGUCAGAAUAUGUCUAUGCAGGGGUAUGUGAACCACAACAGCCAGAGGCUGAUGAACAUCUCUCACCAGCAGCAUCAGCAACAGAGGCAAUGCAACAAUGUGAACUUUAGUGAGCAAAUGAGUCCUCAGCAAGGGUUUGGCCAAGAGGCCAUCCCCAAUUCUCUAUCUGGGAGCACAAGUGUUAGACCUACCCGGAACAGUAUGGCAGAUCCAGAACUGCAAAGUUACAGAGCAAGGACACAUGCUGAUGGGUAUUCUCAUGUGAACCAGGUGGAUCUGCAGCAGAAUUACGGUGUUGUUUCCCAGCAGCAACAGCACAGUAUCCACAACGGAGGCAGGGGAAUGUUACAGCCCAGGCCUCCCGCAGAACCUAAGUCUAAUGCAAGACAACACACAGGGUCCAGCAUGAUGCAACCGAGCCGAAUACCCAAGUCGUCCGAUUUGAGCCCUAGUCGAGCGACUGACACCUCAGAGGCGAGCCCAAAGAGGCCCAGUGGGUCAGCAGCCCACAAUGGUAGCUCUGAAAAUCCAAACUCUGCUGUGUUCUACACGGCUCAGGUUCAUAUGUUUGAGCCAUCUUCUGCCAACUUCGAGGCCCCCAUGUCCCCCUGUGCCAACCAGGCUCCUGCCAGCAACACCACUGCUGCUGCCAACAUGGCCUCACCAGGAGUCAACCUGGUCUCCAGCAGCACGGCGGAUUCUUCCACUGGGGGAUCUGGUGGCACGGAGCAUGCCCAGAUCGACUUUGACACCAUGCUCGAUGAUGGGGACCACUCCAGCCUCAUGUCAGGCACCCUGAGUCCUGGCCUUCUGCAGAGCCUCUCCCAGAGUUCCUCACGUCUCACAACCCCCCGCAACUCUGUCACCCUAGCGUCUGUACCGGCAGGGAUUGGCAACAUGGCCAUCGGUGACAUGAACUCUAUGCUCACAGCAUUGGCUGAGGAGAGCAAGUUCCUCAACAUGAUCAGCUGAGAGCAAUCAAACACUUCUCAUCCAUCCAGUCUUAACCGUGUCUACAUCAGGAAUAUAUGUACUAAACAAGAAAGCACUGAUUGAACAAUGCAAAACUGGCAUUUUCAAAAAAUGUUCUCCAUUGUCCAUAGGAAUAUGCUUAUCUUGUAAUAUUUGCUUCAGAUUAUAAUAUGCUACAUUAAAAUUUUAAAUAGUAAGUAUAACUAGGAUCAAGGACAUUUUUUCUAUCAUUAUUUGUUAAAAAGCCAUACAUUCUACCUGCAAGUAUAUGAUAGCCCAGGGUAUAUAAAUCCAUCUACAACCAAUUGCCAUUCAGUAUUUGCUGGUGUAAUAGCCCUUUACAAAGUGGUGCACUGAGAGCAGUUCACGCAGACCCUUGCUACGGACAUCAAGGUUACCAGGAAAUGGAACAGACGUGUAGAUAACAGAUACUAUUUUCUCAUUAAGACCUUUAUGUGUAUAGAUUAUACUGUAUGGUACUUGCUUUAAGUUAUGCUAUAGACUUUUGAUGGUUAAACUAGGGCUGUCAGUAUUACUGUAACAAAAGAACACCAACAAAUUCAAAAACAUGAAUGUUGAAUUGAACUACAGUGAAUGUAGUGACCUCCACUACCUGUUCACUUAGGGUUAGAAAUUAAUAAAUCCUCAUUACUGGAAAAAAAAAAUGCACAUUUGAAUGCAAGCAGUCCAAAAAAAUUCCUAAUUUUUACCUUUAUUUUCAAUGUUAAUUUUGACAACAGUGUCUCAAAACUCUGGAAUAAGCAGUGUAGUUCUGAGCUGCUCCAACAAAAGUGACAAACUUCAACUUUGGAAAUAAACCAAAUGAGAAGAACACUAGCCUUUACUUAUGAAACAAAUUGGUAUUUAUUUUAAUGUUUUACUGAUGUUUCUGGUCUGCAACGAUGAUACACAGCUCUUGAUGGAUUUUGCGAGCUUGUUCAGACAGUAUCAGUAUAUUACACAGCUCUUCAUCACAUGGAACUGUUGCUAUUCUAGCUAUUGGUUUAACCAGUGUCUAAUAAGUAAAAUCUGAUCAAGUUAAGUUUGUCGUCCAUAUAAGGAUCUUUAUCGGUAACUAGAGGCCGCUGUAUAACGUUGUCAAUUCAACUACCAAAGUAGUUGUGCAUUGUAAAGUUUAUUUAACUUAAGAUUUUAUUGGCAAUCAGACACAGACACCACAGAAAUCAAUGAUGGGUAUGAUGCUAUGUAUGCACUCAUUUUAACUGUCUGGCACAAGACGGGUUGCUGCAACGCACUUCUUGGUUUUGUUCUUAUUCUGCAAAACUGGUUUUGUGCCGUCUUCAAUGUCAGUGAUUUUAAAAUGGAGGUUAUUUUAAAAUGAGAAAACUUUGCUUUUAUGAAUUUUUUUCAUGAAAUUCAAUUUGUAAUUGAAAUUAAAAAUAUGUGUCACAAAUUGUAAUUUACAAAAUUAAGAACUUGACAGCUCUAGUUUAAACACAUGGUUGUACAACGUUAUGAUCCAGAGAUAUUUAAUGCUUUUUUUGAUCGUGGUCUGAACUCCUGAGGAUGGUACUGUACAAUCAGAUUUCCUUCUUUGCCCUCUGGAUCUGAGGCAUUCGCUCUCCAUGGUCCCAUCUCACAAGGGUAAAUGAUUGAAAAGGACAAGGAUACGCCUCUGUGUUAGUCUAUCAGGGCACAUGAACCCCUGUGUCUGAUGAGGAGCGUUCUCUAAAAGAAUAUACAAGUACCUCUGUGUGUUCUCAGCAGAGAUCAGAUCCUAAUUAACACAUUCAUACCACCAACCCCCUUCGCUGCACUCCACAUUUCCCCUGGGCUCUGGAUGAACUGCAGAGAGUCCAGGAAGGGACACAGACUGAAAAUGAAAUCCUGUUUCGGACAGGAUUGGCGAACCAGCCCUGCAAAUUCCUCAGUUUUAUUACGUUUGCUGAAUUUCUAAGUAGCCUUUAAAAUGUUUGUGUGUAUGCUACCAUUCACUUUUACUAUGCUCAGUGUGUGUGGGUUUGUGUGAGUGUGUGUGUAUAUAGCUUUUGUACAUUUCAAAUAAACUAUCUCCUUUUUUUUCUGU